AUGUCAACUAAUCGCUCAGGCCAACGCCGAGGAGGUUCAUCAAUUUAUGGCCCAACUUUUCCAGAUGAAAUUCAUCCAGAACUUAAACACACCGGUGCAGGAAUUAUUUCUAUGGCAAAUUCUGGUCCUGAUACUAAUGGCUCACAAUUUUUUAUCACAUUGGCUCCAACACAGUGGUUGGAUGGCAAACAUACUAUAUUUGGAAGAGUGUACUCAGGGAUGAAUGUUGUUAAAAGGAUAGGACUUGUGGAAUGUGAUAAAAAUGAUAGACCUUGUGAUGAUGUAAAAAUACUGAAAGCGAGAAUAAUAAAAAAUUGA